AUGGAGGAAGAAGAGCUGGAGCUUAAAGCUAUCGAAACUGAGAUGCAAGAUGUGAAAAGCAAACUCAAACCAUUUCAAAACAACGAUAACUAUAAGGUGCUAGAAUUAAAAGUUACACAAAAAACUACAGAAUUGGAAAAUAAAAUCAUGGACAUUAAAAAAGGAAAAUUUAACCGAGACACCCUUGAUUAUCAGAAAGAUGAAAUAUAUACAUGGGCUAUGCAUAAAACAUUGGACUAUGAACACAAUGUACCUAAAUCCAUUUUGAGAAAUGGGAACAAAAAGAGGAGUUACCGAAAGAAAAACCGCAAGGUAAAACGCAGAGUGAGUUUUUCCGAUGUGGAUAGCGCCCAGGAAAUAUCCUCAUCAAAUGAAAGCUUGUCUAGUUCGUCCCGGAAAUCCAUUCCAACCACAUCUGGUGUUAAUCGUGAGCAAUUGGGGUUUCGUCACGCAAACGUACACGGAGAGGAGGAAGGAAGCGUGGAUGCAAGCGGGUAUGCCCUCCGGUCCAAAACUCCGCACAAAAACUGGGACUGCACGCUUAUAUUGUACAUCCAUACAUAUUUUAACUACAUCAUGUCUGAUGAUCAGCUAUCUCCACCUAAUGGUGGGCUGACUCAUUCAUCCCAGGACCAUACCCUAGCCCCUUCUGAAUUAUUACAACAGAUGGUGUCUACAUCGGUCCAAUCCGCCCUGGCCUCCGCCAUGUCAUCUGUCAAUGACAGCAUAUCUAAGUCUGUUUCCAUGGCGUUGUCACGGCAACACCGGGAAGGGCCGGCCUCUUCAGAUACCCCCUUGGUCGCCUCCCACAUACAAUCCCAGGCUUCCAGCCUACUAAGACCCGGCAAGUCGGACCGGAAGAGACGCUAUUGUUCCGACUUAGAUACCCACCUUACCAAUACACCUACUAUUGGAGGUGGUUCUAAACUAACUAAGACCUCAGUGCCUCCUGAGGAUACCAAUGUGAGUGCUCAGAACCCCACGGAUGGGGAUGACAUGCCCGGUGGAACCUCUCGGUCCUCCAGGCGUAAUAAACCCGACUCUUUUGUUGAAGAUUCAGAUGGCACCUCAGACUCUGGGGAUGAUGAUUUGUAUGAGUUGGAGGACGAGGAUCUGGAAGGGAACGCGAGUCGUUCUCCUCCACAUGGCUCCGCUGACACAAACGCCCCCGGGGCGAUCUUGGAUUCCAUGGGAAUUCCAUUCUUCAGCCCGGAGAAUAUCAAACACCCCCGUUCGGGGGAGUGGUCGCCCAUGUCACAGGUGGCUGAUUAUGUUUCGGCUUGGCUGCGCAAAUCUUUAGAUGGUCGCAACCGCAAUAAACUGAGGGCGGAGUGUCCACGACCGUCACUGCCCAAUAAUGUCGCCAUGACGCCAGAGUUGGACCCCAUUCUGGUGCGCUAUCUGGUUAAGACCGGUAAAAACCCUAAAAAGGGUAUUGACAAAUCUUUCAAAACUGUUCAGGACAAAUUGUUGGAUGUCCUUGGGCCUAUGACUAAGAUUUUACAAUUGGCCGAACAUGCUGUCGCUUCAGGUGAAGUAAUUGAUGCAGACAUUUUACGGGGCUGGGCAUUACGAGCAGUUUGCUUGCUCGGCAAUGCAAACACUGCGGCGUCUAAGGAACGCCGGAGAUCCAUCCUUAUGCGGCUGGAUCCCCAACUUACUCACCUGGCUACCGACGAACCUGGUCCGCCAGCGGACGGUUUACUAUUCGGGGAGGCCUUUCUUAAAAAUAUAAAUAAGUAUGUUGGCCUUUUCUCGGGCCUUGACAAAGCCCAAUCCUCUUUAAAAAAGGUGGGCGCUAACAAGGUUUUCCCCAGGGCUGGAAGGGGUAGGGGUCGCCCUUCCGGCCGUGCCACCAACUAUAGACCCUAUAACAGGGGCCACUACAUGCCUGACAGACAAUAUUACACACCAGUUCCCCAGCCACCACAGCCCUCAACUCCAUUCUUUCCGCCUAGAGGACGUCCGUGGAGAGCGAGGGGUGCCAGCCGCGGAUACCCAAGAUCCAGGGGCACAGGAUAUUGAAGAAUGGUUCUGCCUUGCCACGGUUCUUUGUUGGGGUCAGCUGCGUGACCUAUCCGGUUGAUCGUUCCUGUUUGAAGAUUGACGUUCUGCGUUAUUGGUUCAAGAUCCUCCGUGUGGACGCCGUCGCGCGAGUUCUGCAGUUUCGAUGCUGGACUUAAUCACGGCAUAAAGAAAGAGGAGGAGGAGGGGCUGCAGCUUGGUUUUAUAGGGCAGUCUAUGCUUGGAUUGGUGGGAUGGAGGAGGGAGUUGCUAUGGUUACUAGGUGCUUGGACACCUGUGUUUUCUUUUUCUUUUUAUGUUUAACACUGUCAUUCUUUCUGCUAAUGGGCAAAAUAAAGAAGGAUAAUGCAUUCUGAUAUUCGCCUCCUGUCUUAAUAAAAUCAAUAUUUUCCGUCACUCUACUA